ACACUGACUUUACACCGUUGAUGAUACGCGUGUGUCUCUCAGGCGUUGGAUUGUAUGGAGUUGUCUGCACGAGCUCCAAACUAACAUCUUCUUUAGCCCACUCCAAAGGCUUUUGUGGCUCGUUUUUGGACAUUUCAUCUGACUGUGAGAGAAGAUGGAAAAGAAGGAAGAAUCAAAGAGUUUCGAGUCUGUCAGUGUCCUGAACUGGGAGCAGGUGAGCCGGCUGAAUGAAGUCCUGACAGAGGUGGUGCCCGUUCAUGGACGAGGGAACUUCCCCACAUUAGAGGUGCGCCUUAAAGACAUUGUGGCCCGUGUGCGUUCACGCCUAGAGCUGAGUGGGAUCGAGGUGAUAGACAUCCGUCUUAACGGCUCCACGGCCAGCCAUGUGCUGGUGCAGGAUAUAGGCUGGAGCUACAAGGAUCUGGACGUCAUCUUCAGGGUGGACCUGCCACACGAGGCAGAGUUUAGGCUCAUUAAGGAUGUGGUUCUGGGUACUCUGCUGGAUUUUCUGCCUGAGGGUGUGAACAAGGAGAAAAUUACACCCAUGACUCUCAGAGAGGCCUAUGUACAGAAGCUGGUAAAGGUCAACACAGAGCAGGACCGCUGGAGCCUCAUCUCCCUGUCCAACAAUAACGGCCGCAACGUGGAGCUGAAGUUUGUGGACUCAAUACGCCGACAGUUUGAGUUCAGUGUGGACUCAUUUCAGAUUGUGCUGGACUCCAUGCUCGCCUUCUACAAGGUGGCACAGACGCCCAUGUCACAGGCCUUUCACCCCACUGUGAGCGGGGAGAGCAUGUACGGGGACUUCAGCAUGGCACUGAGCCACCUACGGAACAAGCUCAUCGCCACCAAGCGGCCAGAAGAGAUCCGUGGUGGUGGCCUGCUGAAAUACUGCAACCUGCUGGUACGGGACUUUCGACCGGCCAAUGAGGAGGAAUUCAAGGCCCUGGAACGGUACAUGUGUUCACGAUUCUUCAUUGAUUUCCCUGAUAUUGGUGUGCAGCAGCACAAGGUGGAGGCCUACCUCCAGAGCCACUUUGUUGGCGAGGAGAAGAGCAAGUAUGACUACCUCAUGAUCCUGCGGCGAGUGGUCAACGAGAGCACCGUGUGCCUCAUGGGUCACGAACGGCGGCAGACCCUGCACCUCAUCUCUCUGAUGGCCUUCAGGGUGCUAGCGGAGCAGAAUGCCAUCCCCAAUGCAUCCUGUGUCACCUGCUACUAUCAGCCGGCGCCUUACGUCCGAGACCACAACUUCAGCAACUACUAUGUGUCUAACCAGAACAUUCCAACAUGGCUGCCAUGUAACUGACAAAAGAAGGGCCCGGAUGUGCAAGAGGGCCCCACUGCUGCUGCUUUUGAGGAGAGAGCAGGAAUAUAAAAAAGACAACUCCCCAAAAUAUGUCAUUGAGGCAAUAAAUGCUAUGUUCCUCCCAAGGCACAAUUAUGUUUAAACGGACAAGUGUUUGGCUUUGUUUUGGAAUCCUUUGUCAUUCCUUAUCUACAGAGUUGUCUAGGUCAUUAGAAAAGUGAUAUUUUUAAGUGUUUUGAGUUUUUUCUUCAUUAUGAUAGGUUGUUUUCCCCAUUUACUCUUAAUGGAGUCGUAUUUUGUGCCUUAGUCUCCAGGUUUACACCCUCAAUAAUUUGAUUAUGGGCUAUCUUUAUGAAGAAAGGGAAACAAAAAAAAUGUUAUAGCCUGAAUUUGGUUUUCUCUUGUGAUUAAAAAAAAUGUGAAAAGGCAGAAAAAAAGUAAAAAAAAACAGUGAAAAUAGUAUUGGGGAGAUGGCAGUAAGAUAAAAAAAAAAAAAACAAAAACAAAAACAAAAACAAAGCACCAGUGUUAUAAGGUUAAGUUCACUUGGAAUGGGAAAAAGGGUGGUACACUAAUAACUUUGUCCUUAACAUAACUGAAGGGGAAAUGAGAGGAGUUGAUUUGUUUUAAACCGUUUUGACACACGUUAAUAUCUCAGACCUUUUUGCUAUCUCAAAUAUGCCAACAGUGCCUGUUUUGUAUAUGCAAGAGAAAAUGUGUGCAUUUUUUUUAAAUUUUUUUUCCAAUGUGAAUUUCAGUGUAGGACUUGCUCCUCUCCUCCCCCUUUACCCAGUUUACUCAGCCCUGUAUUUUUCAGUCAGUGGAAAUCUACAAUGAGGCAGUUUUGGCCUCAGAUUGACAGGCUCCUGCAUGCCUGAGGAGUUUAUUUUUCCUAGUGUUUUAUGUCACUUCCAAAGCCUCACAAGGGACCUCCAGAUGCCACAAUCCUCUGGCUUUCGUAGAAGGUAAACUGACUGACGGGCCUGAUUCGACUCGGGCUUGUUCAGAGAAUACAGCUGGCCUCGUUGCCUGGUGCGAGAUCGAGCUGGGAGUCUUGAGAGCAACAGGCUGAGUGGCUGUCCCUUCCCUUAAAAGGAGCAGCACAUGGUUGGCACUGCAGGGUCGUCCCUCACAACCAUUGCAGGCUCGACAGCAGCCCUGAAAUGGGAUCCUCCUCUGACGCAGCUCAGUGACUGGCUCUCUAACUGCAGGCCGUCUAUAAUUAUCAUGUUUUCUUUUUUGCUUUCCUGGAGGAGGCACCUUUUUUAAAAUGCAGGGAGCUGCAGCAGUGGCUUUGCCACCUUACAUGUGUGGGAGCUGAAUCACUUCCUGUCCUCUCCUUUCCGGUGCCUGCUGGGACCACGCUAGUGUUUGAACCCCUUUUGUGGUCAUGGGAGGACAGACAGCAGGGAUUGGUAUGUUAAGAGACACGCCAGCAUGUCUGCCCCCCCUUCAGACUUAGAUUGUGAUUUAUCCUGGAAGCUACAACACACUCGAGCCAUGAUGCGAUGGCCGUGCCAGCUGUGAAAUAAUCUCAGAAUUUCUAUUUCAAGCCGGGACUAUAAUUAGCCAUUAAUUUUAAAACUUACAUCGUGUCGUGAUGAUAGGAUGGCCUAAGCUGUGAUUUCAACUUGUCAUCUCUCCUGACAUCAUAGUAGGGCUGGGUAAUAUGGAGCAAAAUCUUAUCUUGAUAUGUCUUUUAGUCGAACAUCAACACACAAUAUAUGUCAUGGUAUUUUUUGAAAUGAUAUUAAGAAUGGUUUCACAAUACCAGAAUUAUGAACCUUGAUAUACUAGUAAAACACGAACAACUCUGACACCUCUUUAAUACCACUGCCAAUAAAAUGGAAGUCCUAAACACCAUUUACUGGGCAUUUUUCACCUACUGUUUUCCAAAAUUUGCAGGCAAACUCUGAAAUGGUGCCGAACUUGUGCUAAUGCCAUGCCAACAUUUCUGUAUAUUGAGGUUGUCAGGAUUUGUCAAGUAUUGAAAAUGAGCAAACCCCAUUAUUUUAAUGAUUGGUAUCUAAAAGUACAGCAACGUAUUGAUUGUCAGUCCUAUUUUUUAACCAAGAAAGAUAGAGAGCUCUGUCUAAAUGGGACAAUUGUAGGUUGGUGAGUUUGGAAAAUGUAUUUGAUGACCCAAACUGUGACUUAAACCUGUCAUUUCUUUUGAUAGAGUUGUAGGGCUGGAGAAGUCUUGGCUCCUUGCCUGUUUCAUGCAUUUUUCCAAAUGUUGCCAGCCUGUAUGUGCAAUUUAGACAGUGUGCAGGAGUUUGCCAGCAAUUUUUGACAUUUGAAACAGAAUUUCCCAGUAUUGGGUAUAGAGUUUUGUUGCUGUGAUCUGAUACAGUAUCAAAUAAAAUGACAAUUCCUCAUUUAGACUUUGCUAAUAGAUUGUCUUGUCAUCAAUGAACAUAUUACUGUUGGUGGUUCUUACUGUAAACAAUCUUUUAACUGAGCCCCAGGCCUGGCUUUAACAACAGCGUUGUUAAUAUUAACAGUAUUGUCUUGCCAUACAUCUUGAUAAAACUUGAUAUAUUGCCCAGCCCUUCAUUGUAGCAUUGCUACUAGAGAAAACUUGCUUCUGUUGGACGUCUCAUGCAAGUGGCAUCAUCCACUAGUCUGUUUAUCCACCCUUGCCCCCUCAGUUCUUAAGAAAAAUAUAAAUACCAGCUCACUGCCUUGCUACUGCUGCUGCUUGUCUCAUUGUUUAAAACAGAUAACCAGCGUGGUCUCUUAUCUGACUGGCUCACAGCUCCUGCCUGGUUAGAGUGUUAGAUGGAAGGUCAGCCUGGCCUCUUUUGCAGGUUACACCCCGGGUCGGGGUAUUUUCAGCUGACUCAGCAGCCAGUCAUUUUAACAACAAAAAAAGGUGCCACAAACUCUUUUCCUCUGGACCAAAGUCUGCUUUAAAACCAGCAACUAAAGCACCCAAGUGCCUUUGACUUAUUUGGAAAGUGACUAAGCUUUUAAUUUUUUAAAAAUUGUGAUCAGGAGGGAAAUUGUUUCAAUCCCUUUAAAUUUGGUGGAACAAGACCGUCACCGCUUUAUUGGAUAUAGGCUGAUGGGAGAAAACAAACUAUUUUGGUUGGGGAGGAAAAUAAUAUUGGUUUGAAUUUGAAAUUACAAGUUUUGGCAUUUUAUUUUUUCUUUUACCCUGUUUAUUCACCCCCGUAUUGUUAUUUUAGUUUCAAUCCCAGUGUGUACUUUUCCUCCAAACCCAUCUGUCUAGUCAUUCCUGCCAGUUUUUGUUAAUUUCCUUUGUUUUCUUUCAAGUUAAAGCCUUUUUGUUGCACGCAGCCUUUUCAGUUUCAGUCUGAUAAUCCAACUUUUGAUUCUUUUUAUCUAAAGCUGUUUCAUAGAUCCACCUGCUCCAGAGCAGCCUUGCUUUUCCUGUCUGACAGUUUUUGUUCCCAUCCAAACCAAAGCAAUACCUUAAGUGCACUGACGAGCCAUCCUGUGGCACAGUAGCUGGAGGUCGCCCAGCAGCGACCCCAUACUAACAGAAGCACUUUAGAGAGGCCUUGUUUUACUCCAAACCCAGCCACCUGAGAGGAAUGUAAAUAAGCUAAUGUGGUCGAAUGCUGGAGAGAGUCGAGCUGGUUCUCAGGGACAUAAAUGAUAUGUUUUUUAUGACUUUGUUUUGUCCCUUUUUUAUUUUCGGAGGGUAAAUUCAUGUAAUCCGCCGUUAUUGUGAGAUGUCCCCUCCUGAUAUUCACCUCGUCUUUUCCGCUUCUCUGUAUGAAAUGUGACCCAUUUCUUCUCACCUAAACUGCAGGUUUCAGCCAGAGUAAAUCCAGGAGACUUAAGCUUUGUGGCCUAAAGUAACUCUAGGUUUUAAUCAGUGCAUUUAUAGCCUCUGAAAUGUUGUCAUCACUCAGUCAUUUUGUGCAAACAGACAGAUUUAUCAGCAUUUUCUUGGAAACAAAGCUUUGAUGUAGCGCUAAAAUCCAGCACCAUCAUUCACUGUGGUCAUGUUGUGACAAUUUCCUCUGAUAUCACGCUCUUAAAUCUUGCUGUGUCUGUAACUUGUUAAAUGUAGGAUAUCUCUCAGUACUAGCCUUAAAAUUUGGGGGAACCAUUGGCCUUAUAUCAGGUUAAAUCAAAUGGCUACUGUAUAAUUAGUAACAACUAAUUUAAACAUUGCUGAAGAAUAAUAUUAACUUUGCUUGUGUUUCACAUUACUUAGUACAAUGUUUGAAUUCCUAGCUAAUGGUAUUCUUUUUAAAAAUGUUGGUAGAAUGCCAAGAUUAGCUGUUAUCUGAUUGCAGCUAAUAAUUCAAAAACAUGUUGCACCAAAUUUGAAUUUGUUAAAAUCUUCCAUCAUGUUUCAUCAAAACUUCAAAGACUUAAGCUUCUUUUAGCCAUGAAAGAUCAGCUAUGAGUGUUAACAUGUUUAUUUCUGUCUGUCGAGCAUCCGUAGUUUAUUGUAUUGACUUGAAAUAUAUCCCAAUGUCUCUCCAGAAGGUCUCUUAGUUUGCAGAAAUUAGUAUGAUUAGUUGUCGUUUCUGUCUGUAGUUGGCUUUAUAUUUGAAAGAGAAAUUUGGCCGUAUUGUAGUUGAAACAUUUGGCAAACUAUUGGCCAUCAUUAAACAAUAGCUUAUGUUGGCCCUCAGCCAUUUACUGGCUAUUAUUGCUGUUGGCCAGGACAUAGCUGAUACCUUUGAAUGCAUUGAACUGUAUGGGUUAAAAUGUUUAAAUUUGUACUCUUAUUGUGAUGUUGGCAAGUUAGUGUUUGAUCUCGAUCAUUAGCUGCAGUCUUGUGAUAGCUAAUAAACUGUUGUGUUUUUGACCAAAUUUAGUUCUGUUUAUCCUGCAAAUCCUCUUUGAUUAGUAAACGUUUUCAGCUCCCCUUUAGCCAAGGGAAAAAAUGGCCCUAAAUGCUUGCUUCUGUUUUUGUCUCCACGUAAGUAUUCUGUAAUUAAAGACAUUGUUUUAAUUUGAAAUAUGUCCCAUGGUCUCACCCGCUAGUCACUGUCCUAUGCCUUUUUAGUUGCUGAAUUUGGUACUACAAGUUGUAGUUUCUUUGAGUAGUUAACUACAUAUUUGGGAGCGACAUCUGGCCUUAUUUCAGUCAAAACAUUUGGUAAACUAUUGGCUAACAUAGGACAAGAGCUAACGUUAGCACUCAGCCAUUUAACAGCUUAAACUGCUGUGAGCCAGCUGAGGCUGAAUGCUAACUUUACUUUUGACUGCAGUGUCCAUUGUGGUAUAAAAUUGUUUAAUUCCUUAUCAAAUUUUAAUCAUGGCAAGUUAGUGGAUGUUUGUAAAGAUGACCUUUGGCUUAUGCUAGCCAUCAGAUGUAUAUUUGACCAAUCUAAGUCUUUAGGUUUAUUUCCAAUCAUGUUAGAACAAUACAUUUUAGGAUUCAGCUUAGCCGGUGGAUAAUCAGCCCUAUGUGCUUGAAUCUGUUUCUUACAAUAGGUUUUCUGUAAUCAAAUACAUUGUUGUUACUUGAAAAUGUCCCAAUGAUUCUACAAAUGGUCACUGCCCAAUGCCUCAUAGUUUGCUGAAGUUUUGCCAACUUUAGUAGUUGUUAAAAUUUGUUUAGUUCCUGUCUGCACCUUUAAGAUUUCUGAGCAUCAUUUGACCUUAGUCCAGGUUGAAACAUCUGAUAACCUUUUGGCUACUCUGAGCCCAUAGUUUGUUGCUGUUGGUCAGGAUAUGGUUGAAUUCCUAACCUAAGUGUAUUGAUGUCAAGAUAGCAAUUGAUUGCAAACAUGAGUUGUUAUCUUAUGGUAGCUAGUAAUUCAUCAAAUGUUAUUCAACUAAAGUUGAGCCUGUUAAUUUCUUACCUAUCAUGUUGGAUCGGUUAAUGGUCUGAGGUUAGUUGUAGUUCCUGUCAGUAGUUACCUUAAAGUUUGGGUGCGACAUUUGACCAUAUUUCACGUUAAAACACUUGAUAACCUAUUGGCUUAAAGGAGACCACAGUUUAUGUUGUUAUUGGCCAGGACAUGGUUUAAUUCCUUACCUAGCUGAUUGCUAACAUUUGCUAUUAUCUUAAGUACCUAAUAACUCAUCAAUAAUGUUAUUUAACCAAAAUGUAGUCUGUUAAUGCCUUUCCAAUCAAUCCAUAUCAGUAAAUAUUUUGAGUCAGUGGUUUUGGAAAAUCAGUGUUGGUAUUAAUCUUUGCCUCACAGCUGGGAAUCUGUAAUUAGAUAUGUUGUGCAACUUGAAAUAUGUCCAAAAUGCCUAUUUAGAUGCACAGUUGUUUUAGUUUUUGGUCAGUCCUAAAGCACUGAAAUGAUACUCAUUUGUCUUAUUCUCAUUAUUCUACAAUGUACAGACUCUGCAAUGCCAAACUAUUUCAGCAUUUAAGAUCCCAACCUUGAGCUUGAUGUCAGGAGAAAAUGGUCUGUGUAUUACAGUCAGUCCCUUUGGCUGUUAUUCUCUUUGAGUGAUGAUAAAUUGGUUUAUUAAAGUAUGGAUCCACUCUUAAAUCCAUCAGCAAAGCCAAAGCUCAAGUCUCCUGAGUGCAGUGAAAACUUCUUUGACUUUUUGUUGAUGUUGCCACCUAGAGUUACUUUUGAGCAACGUCAAAGAAAAUGCAACAAACGGAAACGUGCAUUUUCUGGCUAAUUGAUCAUGAACGCAGCCUGCAAAUGUAGAUCAUCUGCGUUACGGUUAUUGUAGCUUUUUCCCUGACUAACAACAGCUUCACUUAGCAGAUGCUAAACGGAUUUCUUUGUCAGGGUUAUGUAUGCAGGUUUUUUGUGUAGGACGUAAGGGGUGUAAACUAAAAAAGAAAAAAAGUGUUUUGUUUUUUUUUUUUGCUUUUGUUAUUUUCUUGCCCCACUUUCUUUUUCUGCUGUAAACUUGUCAGUGUUAUUGAUCCCGCUGCUUCUCACUGAUUGCGCCUCUGGUCAUCCAGAUUCUCUGGGCUUUUGUUUAUCAUUAGUACAGAGUGUAAUUUUUUAUUUAUGACACCUGUAGAUGUAUUCUUUGCUGGAGCUGGUGCGGAGCAAGCUGUGGAUUUCUGCUUGUCUUAAGUCUUACACCAUAGGAAUGUGACAGAGAGCGUGUGGAAGCUCUCCUAAAGUUUCUAAAUGAAGAGUUGUGAAUUUAUUUUGCAGCAGAUUUGUGUUUACGUUUAUGCGUGGAGGUGUGUGCUUGUUUGCAUGUGUGUAUGGAGGGAUGCCUGUGGCUACAAGUUUAAAAAGUGGGGAAAAAUAUGACAUUUUGUCGCACUAUAUAUAUUUUUUUUGAAAUAGUUAAUGCAAAAGAGCUUUUUUGUCAGCUUUGUGAUUGUGACAAUGAGUUUUGAUGGUUACAACCAUUAUACUAUUUCAUUUUUCAGCACUUUUACCUCACUUGAGUUUUCCUUUGAAUGGAAAUGUACAUGUACAUCAGGAAAAUGUGUUUGAAGAGGAAAUAAUGAAUAAAGAGUAUUAAAUGCA